CAUUCAACACUGGACACUUCACACUCAGCAGUGGACAUUUAUCGCCACUGGACGCGAGACGCUCUGUUUUCCCGGUUUAUAUGCUCGUUAAUGCGUUAGCUGCUGACAUUGCAUGUGGUGUGUCAUCAUGACAGGUUCGUUGCGGGCACAGCUGGUUUGAUGCCCAGUGAGCUACCAUGGAGCUGUCUGAGUCCAUAAGGCACGCAAACGGGAGGCAGAGGAAGCCUGUGGUGGUCACUACGGACAUGAGUGACCGGGAGGCCAAGAUGUCCGACCAGGAAACGGUAGACGAGGAAGAGGCCCUGAUCCGGAGCUCAGACAGCGAGGAUGGACACCCCAGAGUGCGCAACGGUAUCCGAGGAGAACUGGGCAAUGUAUCCCUGCUCCUCUUCCUCUACAUCCUCCAGGGCAUUCCUUUAGGACUGGCCGGCAGCAUCCCUUUGAUCAUGCAGAGCAAGAACGUCAGCUACAGAGACCAGGCCUACUUCAGCUUCGUCUUCUGGCCCUUCAGCCUGAAGCUGCUGUGGGCGCCGCUGGUGGACUCGCUCUAUGUCCAGCAGUUUGGACGCAGGAAGUCCUGGCUGGUGCCCACUCAGUACCUGCUGGGGCUCUUCAUGCUGGGGCUGUCGUUCACCGUGGACUCUCUCCUUGACACGAAUGGAUCUAGGGGGCCGGACGUGGUCACCCUGACUUCCGUCUUCUUCAUGCUGGCUUUUUUGGCGGCCACGCAGGACAUUGCGGUAGAUGGCUGGGCUCUGACCAUGCUGUCCAGGGAGAAUGUAGGAUACGCUUCUACUUGUAACUCUGUGGGUCAGACAGCCGGCUACUUCCUGGGGAACGUCCUGUUUCUGGCCCUGGAGUCGGCUGAUUUCUGCAACAAGUACCUGAGGUUUGAGCCGCAGGAGCAGGGCAUUGUCACACUGUCAGACUUCUUGUUUUUCUGGGGGAUCGUGUUUAUGGUGUCCACUACCCUGGUGGCCAUUAUUAAGAAGGAAAACAGCAAACAGCAGCGCUCCAAGAAGAGGCCGAAAGAGGAGACCCAGGGCGUUUUGGAGACCUAUAAGCUCCUGUUCUCCAUCAUUAAGAUGCCUGCCGUCUUCACCUUCUGCUGCUUGCUUCUGACAUCCAAGAUCGGAUUUUCUGCAGCAGAUGCAGUGACAGGGCUGAAGCUGGUGGAGGCCGGUGUGCCCAAAGCUGAGCUGGCUCUGCUGGCUGUGCCGAUGGUGCCCCUGCAGAUCCUGCUGCCGGUGGUUAUCAGUAAAUACACAGCUGGACCUCGACCGCUUGACAUCUUUUACAAGGCCUUUCCUUUCAGGUUGCUGAUUGGUUUGGAGUAUGCUCUGCUGGUGUGGUGGACUCCCAGUGUGAAGCAUGAUGAGGGCUUCCCUGUGUAUUACUACGCUGUGGUGCUGCUCAGCUAUGCUGUACAUCAGGUGGCACUGUACAGCAUGUAUGUGGCCUGCAUGGCUUUCCACGCUAAGGUGAGCGACCCAGUGAUAGGCGGCACAUACAUGACUCUGCUGAACACGGUGACGAACCUGGGGGGAAACUGGCCCUCCACACUGGCCCUGUGGCUGGUGGACCCCCUCACCUCUAAAGAGUGCCGGGGAGCGCCCAGCCAAACCUGUGGCUCUGUCGAAGAAGCUGGGCUGUGUGUUAAAGAAGGCGGUGCGUGUUUUACGACGCUGGACGGUUACUACGUGGAGUCGAUGGUGUGCGUGGUCAUUGGGUUAUGCUGGUGGCUAUUCUUGGGGAAGAAAAUGAAGCAAUUGCAAGAAGAGGGCUCAUCAGCGUGGCACUGCAGGAUCCGCAAAUAACACAACGUUGUCGGACACCACGAGCACAAAGCCUUGGACUCGAAAAGGAACAGUUGAAAUGCUAGCACUGUUAACGAUGAAUGAAUAAAAUCUGACAGGGGACUGAUUAGGGUGAUAGGAUCUGCAUUAUGCUGACUAUCCCCCACUGGACUUCACUGCACUUAUGAUUAGCAGUGUUGGCAUUUCUGGUUGAUGCAUCACUUACACUGGCACACUUUUCCUUUUCAGGACACUGAAUGCCUUCCCGUAUUUCUCACACUCGUAAUUUUCUUUCUAGACUUCCGGCUGCUGGGCCGAGGCUCUGAUAAAGGAGCUUUAACCUUCGUGCGGUUUGCAGAUUAGUACGAUUUUCCGUACUGGAAGGUCCUUACUGUGGCUUCUCCCUCUCCAUUUCACCAUAUGCGCGAUUUAAAACGGGGGAAAAGAGGGCAUACGUUUCAUUCAUAGUACUUUGUGGUUCUGUACUGUGUCGGCAGGAUUCGGAACGGCUCUGCCAUCUCGUCUUCUGUUCUGAAUAUCUAACCAGGCUUACUUGAGUUUCCUGUGCCUUGUUGGUUUUUGCUUUGCUUUGUUUGCAGUUCCUAGAUCGAAAACUAUUCCCAGUAUUUGCUCUGAAUCAGGAGAGUGGAAUAUUUUAAACAUCAGCCUCGUUUGUUUUGUUGCUUUGUUCAUUUUUCCUGCACCGAAGCAAAAGGGAAGUUUCUCAGCAGGGUAGCUGUUCCUACUCUGAACCAAAUGUGGGAUGACAGUAGAUUCUGUUUCAUCUACCGACUGAAGCUCUGUUACAGCAGUUUGGCAGCGCUUUGGAUAUUGUUUGGCACCUACAGGUUAUUUUAGAGAAACAAUGAGCAUUUUAUAUAUAUGUAUAUAAACUGAUAAGGGAUAA